AAUAGCAUAAAAGAUUAAAUGGAAUAAGUGGAUAAGGUCAUGGCAUUUUUUCAAUUGCUUCUGAAAGCUAGAAAAAUCGAAAAAGCUAGGUUGAACUAUGAGGAUGAGAAAUUGAGAUCGAUUGAGAUCUCCGAAGGUGUCAAGCCACGUUUCACUUUGAAGCAACGUCUCCGACGAAAGAGAUUAAAGUGUGUUGUAUUCUUAUUGCUGCCGCAAUUUUUUUCUAAACGUGGCAGACAGGCCUUGAUGGCCUAUGCCUUUAUUCUAACUCUUACCGGACCGGGAAAAAAUACCUUGCACAAUACCAGUGUCCUUUCGGAGUCUUUAGUCUGUGGACAGGAGCAGUUAAAACAAGUCUUAAAAAGUGUAAUUGAUUUAAUAAAAGAACCGUUCUACGCUCUGAGAGACGCGAUAUCGAAAGUAAUAAAGACAGUGAAGGUGGUUGUAAAGAAGAUUAAGCGAACUCUCGUGGCUAUCAAACGACUCGUGCUUAGUCUACUGAGAGUGAUCACGUCGGUUUUUCAAUGGCUCGGCAGCAUCGUGAAUAUCUGCAACAAGAAAUUGGGUACGCCAUUCGACAGGUGUCAGAGAGUUUUCGAUGGCGCGGUGGCUGACUGUAAGGCGAAGCUUGGCCCUCUUUUCGGAGGGAUAUGCAAUUUGACGUACAUCGUGAGCGCCUUGUGUUACAUAGUGAAACCUUUAGACUUCAUUUGCAUGCUCGUGUCUUACAUUGCCGAUACUAUAGUUGAUGCUGUACGCAAAAAAAUCAAAAAGUUCACUCGCCAUAUAAAAGCGAUGUUUUACGUUAAAGUGAAAUUUUCGCAUUCUUUCCACUUUGAAACGAAUCAAAGUAAAUCUAUCGAAGAUAUAUCGACUGGUAUAAUUACUGAGGUGCGAUCAAGGACCGAUAGAUUUUUAGCUGUUUUUGAUUGGAUGAGCUUUAUGGCCACUUUUUUUAUUUUGUUCAUGCUACUGAGAAUUAUACAUUAUCGGCAUAAAUGGUUAACGAACGACCGUUUCGACAAUCGAUAUCUGACUGAUGAUCUGCGCACUAUUGAUUUGAUAAGAACGCGUCAGGAAAAGGAAACCAUAUUACCGUUAAACCGUCGCGAAAGAAAUCAAUAUAUUCCAUUAACGUCCAUCACAUUGAUUAAGGCAGAGAAAGUAAAACUCGCCAAAUCCGCAGUAUUCUUGUGCUUAACAUCAUUUAAAAUAUGUAUCCACAUGAUGGCGGAUUACAGUCUUUACUGGAUCCUUAGCACUAUUAGGUUUCAUGGACGGAUCGAAACAAAGGUCCAACGACCCAAUUCUAUAGGCGUCUAUGUGUCUGGUAACGGCUAUCUUGCCGACCUUUAUCGAAGCAUCGUGAAAGCCUUCACGCCGCACGCGAAGGAUGUGGAGAUCGAUAUGAUGCCCUGCCUUCCAGAUCCCAUCCCUCCGGAUCUAGACAGAUAUACGCAGAUUAUGACGCUGAUCGGUUUCUGUUGGAUCAUGGCGAUAUUCGAACCGUACGGAUUGAGAUUGCGGCACGUUGUGAUGUGCAAAUAUUAUCCGGAAAGAGCUAAGCAAAGAGCUGCUUGGUUGUACAAUCAUAUAAUCAGAUCGAGAGGAAGUUUUCUGAAAUUUGCACGGCGCCAGUUGCGCCGCAAGUUCGGCAUGACCGAAGGCGAGAGAAUCGAGAGGGUCACGUUCAGAGAGCGAUGCCUGGCAAUCUGCCCGUUCCUGAACAAGUUAUUCCCUCGGAAGCAGAAUAUGUGUCUUCUGUGCGGUGCUGCGGAACGUUCCGAUCAGGAACCGCACAUUAAAUGCGCCACACCUGAUUGCGUCGGUUUGUUCUGCAUUCAAUGCUUCGCGGACUUGCAGAAUCUCUGCACGAUUUGCCGAUCGCCCAUCGAAUACGGCGAUUUGUCGGACAUAAGUGAAGAAAGAGAUUCAUCGGAUGAUCAAUUGAUAGCGAAAAAGGAACCUGUACCGAUAGGUAUCGAUAUCUGUAAAGAAGAGGAACCAAUUAUAGAAGAAAAACCUAAAGAAGAAAAAUUACCUAAAGAAGAAAUAAUACCGGAAGAAAGAAUAGAAGAAAAACUGCCAGAAGAAGAAAUACCAGAAGAAAGACUACCAGAAGAAGAAAUACCGGAAGAAAAACUACCAGAACAAAUACCUAAAGAAAGGAUAAUAGAAGAAAGAAUACCGGAAGAAAAAAUAUAUGAAGAAAGACAGAAAGAAAAAAUUGACGAAAUAAUCGUGGAAAAAAAGGAUAAAGCUGUACAAACAGAUGACGAUAUCGAUGAAAGUAGUUCAGAGUCGAUCUAUAGUUAUACUUAUCAAGAAAGGUCAUCACGAGAGAUCGAAAUUGAGCGUCGUAAAACGCCUUUCAAAGACGUCGAAGCCCAGAAAAUAAGAGAAGACGUUACGAUUCAAAUUUUUAACGACCCAUUGGCGAAGGAAAUUACCUCGAGCAGCGAGGAUCCGACGUCCUGUUUCGUGCUGAGAGCUCGUAGGAGGCUUCGUACUAGGUUGAAAAGAAAAUCCUGCUCUUCCCCGCGCAAGGACGAUUCCAGCUCAUCUACGUCGAUAGCGAAUACCGAGUCCUGGCCCACGGAGGAACUAGAUGAAGAGGAGGUGGUUCACAUCGAAAUGGACGAUGGCUCCGAGGAACUACUCUUAAAGGACGGCGUUGCCAAAGAAAAGAAACGGAGCCGCGUAAGGAGAAUCCUUGCUGCGCUCACGAAAAUUCCUUGGCUCGGAAAGGAAACGAAGACCGAUAGCGAUAGAGGCGAAUGGCGAACGAGAAAACCGUCUCUCGUAGACAGAAUAGCUCGAAUGCUUCCUGGAACUCGAUAUGUCUCGCCUGUUCGAACGAAUAUCUAUCGACGAAUCCGUACUACGAAAAAGGAAGCGAAGCGUAAAGAAUCUUCUUCUUCGUCUACCUCCGACGAAGAAAAUGAAAAGAGCAUGCUCCUGAAAACGCGCGAUCGGCAAGUAGAUUGUUUACAAAUCAUUUCGGACCAUGAUGAUUCCGAAGAUAAUAUUUACAACAGAAAUUAUGAUUCACAUCGUGCACGACGCAGGACGAUUUGUCGCCAACCAGAUUCACAUGAACGAGCUGACGUUGUAAAGUUGAAAUACCCUCACGAGAAGAAAUUUACGACGAAAAACUUACCGAGGUAUCUGCAGCCGAUUUCAAAGGAUACGGUAUAUUUCGAAGUAGACGAGAUCAAAGACUCGCAAUUAAAGCGGAGAUGCGUUCAUCCGGGAGAUCGUAUUAAUAUUUUAUCAGAUACCAGAACAUCCUUCGAUAGUCAGGAGACGAAUAAGCGAAAUAUCUCUAGUGAUUAUACUCGCAUUUCCUGCACUUGCACAUCACAAUUUUGCGAUAUUAAAAAAGACAAUGAAGUUUGUCAAUCGGAUAUGAGUACCACAACCAAACAUAAUAACGAAAUAUCUGAAACGAACGAAAUGUUGGAAACAGACAACGAAUUACUGAUUAUCGAUUGGCAAAAAUCAGGUCAGGAGAUAAAGAUGAAAGAAGUCGCUACAAAAGGAACAUCAACAGAUGCUGAGAUAGAUAUUGAGACAGAUCGAAAAAUUCCAGAAAAAGUUGUAAUUGAAGAUAAUCAGAGAAAAUCCUUAGCGAAAAACGGCAGAGGGAUUAUAGAGCUAAAUGAUACUGCAGAAGAAAAAGAUGGAAAAAAAUACUCUGUCAAAGAAGAACAAACUAAAAACCUAGAAGCGAGUAAAGACGUGAAAGCAUCAAGAGAAAAUGAAAAAGCUCAGUUGUACGAUCCGUUAGCUAGUUUGCUGUUGUACGGCGUCACGUACCAAGGAAAAGAGCGUGAAAAAUUUGUCGAGAAAAAAUUAACGAAGCAACCGGAAACAGCGAAGGAAACAUGUAUAGGUGAUACAAAAAUGGCAAAAUCCACGGAGUUUGAAGAAGACAUUGAAAUGUUGCAGAAAGACACGCAGAUCAUUGCGAGUGAAAUUAGAAGAUUUACGGAAAUACCCGAGAAGAGUAUCCAAACGAAUCUCCAAAAAUCUAAAAGAUACAAGAAAAGUGCAAAGACACCGCAUACUGAUGCCAACAUUUUUAAAGCUUGCAUAAAAGAAAAAAAAGGCAAGACAGACGAGAAAAGACGAAAAAAGUGGAUCGAUAAAUAUGAAUAUUAUAAGAAAAGUGAAUCUGAGAGUAGUUCACCACGAGAAGAACGAAAAUCUUGUAACAAGGCAACAUUAAUUAAAGGGAAGCAAUAUAAUAGAAAAAGGAAACAAAAAAAAACUUGUAAUCGCGAUGUGCAAACUCAAAGACAUUCCAGUCGAGCAGAAAAACGUUCCGAUGUUCAAAGACAUGGAAAAAUCGCUUCUACGUUUAGACCAGCCAUUGAAUUAAGUGAAGAUCGACAAACUCAGUGUAAUAUUCCUGACAUGAGAGAUGUUCGAGGAAGACAGGAUGGUGCUUGCGUUUCAAAGUUUACAAACGAGCCAGAAGUUUGGUCUUGUAAUGUUCAACCGCAAUUUCAGGCACCUGACCGAAUAAUCCACUGUCAAGAUUAUAAUUAUUGGAAUCAACGGAAAUUUCUAAGUCCACGUAACGCUUCAUUACAAGAAAAAUCACAGCAAAUGAGAAAGACAAAAUACGAUGUUAAUAUCCGCGAAACCAGACUGAAGACACCUAUGUUGAAAAAAUAUCUACCGCCAUAUCAAACACCGGGGUUAAUAGAAGAAUUAAAAGAACAUGAUAGAAUGAGAUUAAUCCAGGAACGUGAAGCUAGAAGAUGGACGACUUUGAGCGCUCUUCGAAGCACGAAGGAUUCUUCGUUAAACGCUAAAUCGAGAGAUCCUGUAUCCUGUGAUACUUCUAUUACAUGCGAUGCUCAUGAAUCUGUCAGCAGAUUAACUUCAGUCUCUACAAAGCUAAACGAGGGGAAUAACCUUCCUUAUCAAGAAACGCAAAUCUUUAAAGAUGUGAUGUGUGAGUUUCGGAAGAAGGUGAUAGAAACUGAAAGACCUCUAAUAUCAUUAUUUCAGCGUGCAGACAAAGAUAAAGAUUUAAAACAAUUGUUUCCCCCUACGAAUGAAGAUCAUAGAGAAAUUAUGUCAACGUCAAAGUGUGACAAAGCUGUUAAUAGGCUUAAGCCAAUGUAUGAGAAAUACGAAGAAGAGUGCAGUACAAUCCACAAACUAAAACAAAGAUUUCAAAGUGAAUCGUUUAGCGAAAUGUCAUCAAUUUGUAAUUAUCCUGGCAAAUAUUAUCGAUCUGGUGUUUCGACUUCAACCGAUGAAACGGAUAAUAAUGAUGAUAUCGAAAAAACUUUAAAAACAUUGACUUUUGGCAUAAUUGAGGAGAAGAAAUAAAAUAUCAUGAAAGCACAAGAGUUAAAAAAUGAGGGAUAUGAAAAUGAUAAGAAAGUACCGGAAGCGAAUUGCAUGCGCGCUUUGAGAACAUGCAGAGAAGACAAAAUCAAUAGAGAAACCUGCGCAAAUGUAUCGACGAGAAAGGAAUUGCUCAUGCACGAUGAAAGAAUCAAUCCAACAAAACUGAGUGAGAUAAUUAACAAAGAGAUAAACAAUUCUAUUAAAAAGAUCAACAAUUCUAUUAAAGACGCCGUGCAAACUAUCGUGAAACAGUGCUCAAUGGAAGAGAAAAAGCCGAUUUUGCAUUGUUCGAAGGAGUCUGAACAAAAAUCCCAUACGUGUCAAUCUCAUAUAAUGGAAAAAUAUCGUAACAAUUUGCCCAAUGUUUGUAGCAAUCAACAAACAACACGUCAUGCUUCACGUCAGUAUAAUUAUCUGUCCAUGUGUGAUAACUCGUAUCCAUACACCAAAACACAUGAGGAUACAAUACUGUUGCCUGUGAAAAAUAAAGUUAACAACGAAAAGAAAAAUAAAAAAUCACCGAAUAACAUAAAUACCGACAAUCGAAAAAUGACCGGAAAUGUCAAUAUUUAUAUUUGCUCGGAAGCUAAAGAUAGUAGCCAGGUAAACAAUACGCCAACGUAUCAUCAUAAAAAUAAGAAAAAAUCAAAACUUGGAUUAAGCACAGACACAACUACUACAAAUUCCAAUACAACUACUGAGCAAUUAAAUUCACGAAGCGCCAGCAUAUCAUCGUGCAAGCUAAUAAACAGUAUACAAGAAAAACGGAAGAAACUGCAAGCGCAGCAGCUGUCUAAUUCUAUUCACAAAAAGCGCAGUAGCCAUAACAUCGUUUGCGAUAACAAAAUAUUGUGCAGCACCUCCGCGAAAGAAUCGAGCGAGUUCAGCAAGGAGCAGAUAAAUGUCAGCGACGAUGACAUCGAAUGUAAGGACACGAUCUCAUCGACCAGGGACGGUUGCUGUUGUAAGGAUACUAGUUUUAGCAAUAUGGAUCUUGGGCAGGAUUUGUCGGAUUCUGCAGUUCCAUGCUCAGAUUUUAGUGUGUGCGACAAUCUUAGACGUCUACAAUCUUGGACCACUAUUUAUCCCUCAGAAGCGAGAACCAUGUUGAAUGUCAGUGACGCCUCUUUAUCAAAUGCGAUUUCCACUAACGUAGAACAGAGGGAUUAUGUUAAAAAUGAUAUUCAAAGUAACGUUUGCGAAAAUAAUAGUGCAUACACGGUAUGCCAUGCGGUCGAUGGCAGCAGAUGGUUACCAAAAUCGAUUUACACAGAUUGCGUUACAUAUGAUAAAGAUCCUAAAGAGCAUUUUGCUGACGGCUGUAAAUAUCGAAAUAAAAAACUUCAGGAUUCGAUACUAAAUCGUAAUAAUAUUUGGAAGAGACAGAUCGAAUAUAAACUAUUGCAACAACCUUCCGAAAGUUGCCAAAGAGAGAACGUUGUUCGACAACGGUCUACAUGUAGUUGUAUUGCGGAAGAGGAAGAAGAUUGCUUCACAAACGUCGAAAAAGUCGAGGGAAAGUUUUUUGAAAAUGUAUGCAAUAAUAUAAAAUGUUUAGAAAAAAGAUCUGUUUGCCGAACACCUUCUAACAAACUGGUCGAGACUGCAACUGUAUGCGAGAUACCGUUUAAUACUAUUGGAGAAUGCGUCGAGCAAACGCAAACGUGCGAGAGUAUGUUCGAGGAUUCAACGGAAUGUCUAAAAGGCAAAUGUAACAAGAAUGUAAAAAUAUCUAUUUGCCAAACAUCUUCUAGUAAAUUAGAUAAAAAUGCAACUAUAUGCGAGAGUGUAUCGUUCAGCGUUGCUAGAGACCGUUUCGAGAAAAUGCAAACGUGUAAAAAUACGUUCGAGAAUUCCGUGAAAUGUCUAAAAGAUACUACUAUGUACGAAACAACGUUUGGAAAUUCCGAAGAACUUACACAAGUAACGAGAGUUUGUAAGAAGUUUGUUACUGAAGAGUCUCCGGAAGAUAUCACAGUUUGCAGGAGAAUGUUUGGCGAACCAAAAGUGUCUCCGGAAGAAGUAAUAGUUGGCGAGGCACUUCCUGACGCCAAAGAAGUCCCAAAGGAAACAAUUUGUAAGAAGAUUUCUGACUCGAACUUUGUUAACCAGGACAAUGAUAAGAGAGUAUUCUUAAACGAUGCAAAAGAUAACCUUGCGAAAGAAAAUGCAAAUAGCUCCAACUUAAAUAUUCAGAAAAAGAACAGUGAAAAUGCUGAAAGAGUAAUACAACUAGAUAAUAAUGUUGCCCUUAAUAAUUUUACGGAAGAAACAUGGAAGACUCUUGUCAAUAAACGAAAAACGACAAUACAGUUAUCGCCUAAUCAAACAAUGAGAAAUCAUUUUCAGCAACUAAAUAAGGAUCCUAUGACACAAAAUUCAGCAUCAGAUAAAGUUGAUCAAUCUGAAGAAAGAACGCAAGAAGAAUUGAAAGAAGAAGAAGAGAGCCAAGAUAUCUCAAAAGAAAGAAGAACGACAGAGGAAAAACCGAGAGAUUCAUUCUUAAAUCGAUCAGUUAAAAAACUGAUCGAUGUGAUUAAACUUGAUGGCAUAAAAGAUGUUGGAAAAUCGGACACUGUUUUUAAAAAAGAUAAAAUUAGUGAAAGAAUUACAAUGCCAGUAAGAUAUCCGCUCACAAGCAGAGAAAUGACUAAGAAAGCUGGAAGACCUAUUGCAAGACUGAAACCAACUGCACCGGUAACUGACUUUGCAGUUUCUGAAGAGAUUAAGAAAAUGGUUAUUCCUAGCACGAAUAAGACAACGCCUAAAUUAUUGCGUAUUAUUGCAGAGAAAAGAUCACAUCUUCCCUUAACCGUAACGACGGUUGAUCCUAAAUCUCAAGAACUUAAAGAAGAAUUUAUUCCUGUUGAUGUUAUUGAAAAAAGACAGGUCGAUCAAGAAGAAAUCCCAGAAGAAAAAGUAGUUCCGCAAGAACCUAUUCCUGCAGAAAUCGCGAAAGAAUUAAAAGCAGAAGAAUUAAUCGCGGAAGAAUUAAAAAAGAAGCUAGAAGAAGAGCUACAAAAAUCUAUCCCUUGUAAAUGCAUUCUACCUUCUGAACCGAAAGAUCCUUCGUGUUCGAUUGCCACAUGCACAACGAUCGAUGUAUUCUGCCCGCAGAAGAAACCAGAAGAAGAAUCACACGAGUCUAUCUCUUGUAAACGAGGACUAUUUUUCGAUCUGAAUAAAUGCCCAUGUUCGAUUGCCAAAUGCUCAAAAUGCAAUAACACUCUCGAAGAUAGUCUUCACAAGGAUAGUGAAUUUGAACAGAAAAAGAAUUACUGCGCGUAUUGUCGUUUGUCGAUAGCACAAUGCACUUGUGUACCGACACAAUACUUGAAGAGUUGCUUGAAGACUGAUAAACCUAGAUUUUAUAGUAUGUCACCUUCGAAUAUAAGUUCGUAUUACUGCAGGAAUUGUUAUGGAAUGAAGAAAGAAUGCAUGAAUUGUUGCGGAACAAAAGAAGAAUGUAGAAAUACUGCGGUCCAUUGUCAGCUUCACGAAAAAUAUAAAUGGUGUACAAUGCGUAACAAUUCCAGGACAAUUGAUAAGUGCAGGUAUGAUGUAGUAAAAUCUUCUUAG